AUGGAACAGUAUGAAAAAUAUGAAGAAAGAAAAAUUUUAAGUAAUGACGUUCAGACGUCUAUAAUUGAAGGAGAAAAACUUACAAAUAAAUUUAGAAACAGAGGAUUGACAAGAGAUAAACGAGCAACUAUAAGUUCUGUGUUAGAUAAUAGGACUUUAAUUAUUUUAAGAAAAUUAAAAGAAAAUAUUUAUAAUGACAUAUAUGGUGUUAUUAGUGCAGGUAAAGAAGCCUAUGUAUUUAAUUCUUUAAAAUAUAUUAAAGAUGAGGAAUUAAUUUCUUUGAAAGAUAUAUUUAUUAAACACUUGAAAAAAAUAUAUAAAGAAAAUGUAAAUGUAAAUAAUAAUAUCAAUGGAAAUAUAAUUUAUAAUCAAAUGAAAAAUAUUCAUGAUCAGUGUAACGAUGUUCAUAAUGAUAUGUGUCAAGAUUUUGAAAGUGAUAUAAAUGAUUAUGAACAAAGCGAAGAUACCCAUUCUUACAAUAAUGGUGAAUAUAAUAAUGGAUUAUAUAAUAAAAAUAAAAAAAAAGAUGAAAUUGGAGGUGACAAAGAUGGAGUUGACACAGAUGGGUGUGAUGCAAAUGGAGAUGAUGAUAAUGAAAAUGAUGAUAAUGAAAAUGAUGAUAUAUAUAAUGAUAGCUAUAAUAAUAAUGAUGAUGAAAAAGAAAAUGGUUGUAAAAAAGAAGAUACGUUAUUAGAAGAAAAAAAAGAAUCCAACAAUACAUAUAAUCAAACUUUUGAUAUAAUUAAAGAAAUGAAUGAUAUAUGGUUGUAUGAUCAUAAUAAUAAAAAAAAGAGAAUAUCACAUAUAAUUAAUAUAUUAGAUGAAAGAAAAGAAAAAAAAGGUAUAGCAUUAGCAACAAAAGUAUAUAAUACGUCUAUUUUAGUUUUUAAGAAAAGAUCUCAAUAUAUUGAAGGAGAAUUUAGAUUUAGAAAUGCAUAUACAAAAAAUACGAAUCCAAGAAAAAUGGUUAAACAAUGGGCAGAAAAAGAAUUUAGAAAUUUAAGAAGAAUUUUAAUAUGUGGAUUAAGAUGUCCAUAUCCAUUAGUAUUAAGAAGUAAUGUUAUUGUAAUGAGUAUGAUUGGUUAUAUAGAUAAUGCAUGCCCUAAAAUGAAAGAUCUAAAUUUUGAUAUAUUAAAAUGGAAAGAAUUAUAUAUUGAAUGUAUAUGUAUAUUAAGAUUAUUAUUUUUUAAUUGUAAAUUAGUGCAUGCAGAUUUCUCAGAAUAUAAUUUACUCUAUUUUUGUAAUCAUAUAUAUAUAAUCGAUGUUUCUCAAUCAAUGGAACAUGACCAUCCAUAUUCUUUGGAAUUCUUAAAAAGGGAUUGUUUAAAUAUUACUAACUUUUUUAAAAAAAAAAUUGGUACCAUCGUGCAACAAACACAACAGACGAAUUUGUAUAUGCAGAGUAAUGAGGAGAAUAUGGAAAAUAAGUUGCAUGUGGAUAUUAACGGGGUGCAAAAAAAUAAUACAACUGGUCAUGUGGAAGGUAAUAAUAUUACAAGUUAUGGUGUUACAAGUUAUAGUGAUCCAUGUGAUAUUGUUCCAUGUGAUAUUGUUCCAUGUGAUAUUGUUCCAUGUGAUAUUGUUCCAUGUGAUAUUGUUCCGUGUGAUGAUAAAACAAAAAAUACAUGCCCACAAAAUGACUUGUCCAAAUUAUUCAAUUUGCCAGAUAGCCAAUUUUACGAAUGUGUCGGAAUAUUGCCAUUAAAAGUUUUAUUUGAUUUUAUUGUUUCAUCUUCAUUACCUGAUGAUAUUGUAUAUUUUUUAGAAAAUGAUAAAAAGAAAAUUUCUUUAAACCCUUAUGAAAUAAUUUACUUACAAAUAUUUAGUUUAAUAAAAAAUACAACUCCUAUAGCCAAAUUAAAUUUAAAAAAAAUACAAAAGAAUAGAAUUUAUUUUGAAAAAUUAAAGAGAGCUACAUGUUACUAUGUAACCAAGUUUAUCAAUGAGAAAAAAAAAAAAUUAGAAAAAUAUUCCAAAAAGAAUUCACAAAAAUAUGCACAUAGAGAUGAAGUAGAAGAACAGGUGUUUUUGAGUUCAUGGAUCCCAUCAUAUUUAAAUGAAAUAAAAGAUAUAAGAACCAUAGAAAAAGAUUUAAAACUUUUAAAAAAAGGAAAAUCUAUUGUCAAUAAUUUUUUAUCUAAGCACAGUGAUGAUAAAAACAAAAAAGACCAACAAAAAAAAGAAAAAAAAGAAAUAUACAAAAAAAAUGAAGUACAUAUUGAUUCACCUAUACUUUGUGAAGAAGUAAACCAAAUGGAUGUAAAUAAAAUAAACGAUACAUUAUAUAUACCAAAUGAAAAUAUUUUUGAAGAAAAUAUAAAACAAUAUGAUGAUGAAUAUAAAGAAACACACCAAGAAGAAAUAAUUAUUGAACAAGAUAAGAAGGAAGUAAAUGAAAUUGUGUCUAAUUCCAAUACACUGUUAAAUAUUAUACAAACAAAUCCAUGCGAUGAUAUAUCAAAGUCAAAAAAUUCGGAUACGUCAAUUAUUGAUGAUGAAUCUGAUUCAUGUGAACAAAGUGAAGACGAAGAAAACAAUUCUAAUGUAAAUGAAGAAGAAGAAGAAGAAGUAAAAUUUAAGGGUAUAAUUCCAGAUGGUAUUACAAGAAAAGAAUGGAGUAAAUUAGUAAAAGAACAAAAUAGAGAAAAAAGAAAACAUAAAAUACCAAAAUAUCAAAAGAAAAAAAAAAAAAAAAAAGCUCACAUCAAAAAAAAAAAAUAA